GCAAGGUGUGGCUGGUAUUUUAUCAUAACAGCGCUAUCUUUGAAUCAAGUAGAGCAACAGUUAAAACUUGCAGCUACUAUGUCGGCUGAUAAGAGACCAAGCUCUUUGUACGUGGAUCUAAAGAACCUCAGGGAGCUGUUCCAAGAGGUGGACAAAGAAGAGAAAGGAUACAUUGAGUUUGAUGGCUUGCAAGAAAUGAUCUCAAGCAUGGAAGAAUUUGACCCAAACAUGGCUAAAGAGCUUAUGGAGACACUGGAUAGGGACAAAGAUGGGAAAGUAACUUUUGAAGAUUUCCAGACAUUGUACACUGUAGAGAGAGAUGCUAUUAAGGAACAGCAGCCCAGUAGUAAUUCACUUCAUGAAAAUAAUGGCAGAUCUUUAAGCAUUAGUAGUGACAGUAAGAGAUCAAGCCCUUUCAUUAGUCCUGAUCUACUAACAAGAGUUCCUGACUCUCCUGAUCUAGCAAGCCAUGCCCGAUCACUGAGGAGCACCGACUAUGACCUCAAUGACUCUUCAUUUCAACACAGUCCAGCUUCAUUUGGAGACAUUGUAUUGGAAGAUACAGGAGGAAUAGAGACAACCAAUGAUGAGUCACCUGUAGUCACAUCUCCAAAACCAUCACACUCUUUUUAUGGUGAGAUAAGAAAAGAGCUUGAGCAAAUAUGUCCAACUGGUAUUGUUGAGCAAGAACACGUUUUAAAGCUGUCAAAUGCACUAGGACUAGAUGCUCCUGAUGAACAGGAGCUACUGUCAACAUGGGAGGAAUGCAAGGGAGAAACAGUGUCUGUUGAAAGCAUGUGUCAUUUGUUGCAAGAGAAGGAAAAAAUUUCACUUAUCAGUUCAGUACCAUCUAAACUGAACACAAGGGAAGCAUGGCAGACAGAGUCUACUAUGGAUUCUCCAUUGGCUCUAAAGGAUCCACCAAAGAAGAGGUCAACUCCACACAAGAAGCUCGCAGAUGUAGCAGAGGACACUGACAGUUUUGAUGAAGAUGAUACAGCAGGUAGUGACAAUGAAUGGAUUAGUGGAAUCAGCUACAAUUUCUAUGAUGUAAUGCAGACUACUCCAUCAAGAAGACCAAGCUCAGCAAGAGAAGGCUCAAGGUUGUCACGAGGCUAUGGUGAGACAAGUCUUCGUCAAACAGCAAUGAUGAACAGUGAUUAUAAAUCAAUGCAAGAGAAGCUGGCCCAGGCAAUGGCUGAGAAUGAUUCACUAAAGUCAAAUUUUGCUCGUGUCGAAGAGGAAAAGAAAAAGCUGAUUGCCGAGGGAGAGGAAAGUGUGCAGCUACUGCAGAGGAUUAAGGAAGAAGAGAUAAAUGCUAUAAAAAAUGACUGUAGCAUGAAAAUAAAAGAAUCAGAGAGAUCCUUUACAAGCGAAAGACAGAGCUUACAAGAGAAAGCAGAACAGGAGGUCAUCAAAUUAAAAGAGGAACUCACAAAGCAAAAGGAAAAGAACAAAACUCUCCAAACUGAGUUGGACUACUACACAAACGAUAAUGCUAAAUUAGUAGAAGAUCUACAAGCAAUGACAUCAGAAAUAGAGGAGAAAAAGAACAAGAUAGCAAGACUCCAUGAGACGUUUGGCAUACAAAUGGAAUCACCUUCGGACACUGACCUUGAAAUGCAAGCAAACAGACUCCAGGAACUAGAACGAGACCUCAACGACAACAUCCAACUCAACGAAGACCUCAAGUCAAAAAUCAGAGAGCUUCAAGACAGAGAGGAUGAAUGGAAAGAAGAGUGCGAGAUGCUCAGAAUGAAAAUCAUUGAAGAGAAGCGACGGAGACAGAAACGAAAAUCGAGUGCCAUCAGUUUGCCAACAUCUCAUACAAGCCUUUCCUCAAGCACACUACAGACAAAGAAAAACAGAAGAGCUCUUCCAGAGAUUCCUCCACAUAGAAGGAGACAGCAUGAAGAGACCGACAGUGGCAGUAGACACAUCAUAGCGACGUAUGGAAGUGAAAGCGAUUCAAUGAGAGAGCAUGAGACGUCUGAUGAUAGUGAUGACUUCGAAACAGUAUCAAGUACCAGUCUGCUGGACGAGAUCAGACUUGAAGAUGACAAGCAAAAAUACAUGAAAAAAAUGGCAGAGUUGGAAGGAAUGAAAGUACAGCUUGAAACAAGCAAAAAAGAAUUAGAGAAGCUCAACUCUAACAUGCAUUCAGAGAACUUGAAGCUUGAAAAACUCCUUCAGAAAUCAAAAGAUGAUAAAUCAAGUCUGGAGUCCCAGUUAGCUCAGGCUAAAGAGGAACAUGAAGAAGCUGUAUCAACAUACAUGGUACAGAUAUACAACAUGAAGACUGAGCAUGAGGCGGAUGAGAUUCUAAAUCAAGAGCUCAAACAGGAAAACUUUGAGCUCCAUUCAAAGCUUCUCCUGACACAAAAUCAUUUUGAAGAAACAGAAGAGAGACUCAAUGAAAUAACGAGAGAGAAGCGACAGUUAGAGGGACAGCUCCAGAGUCUGGAGAAUCAAUUAAAGAUGAAAACAAAUGAGGCCGGACUAGCAAUAAGGGAUCUCACAAUGAAAGAGGAGGAUUAUGCUUCAUUGCAAGAGAAGAUGCAGGAAGUGGAGAAUGAGUUGUCUGAUCUUCACUUAACUGCCAAAAACUACCUCUCACAGAUAGAGCAACUCGAAAAGGAGUUCAAAGAACAGGACUCUAAAAGAAUAAAAAAUGUCGAGGAAUCAAAAGAGAUAGCUCCAGCUCUAGAAGCACAAGAGCUCACUUCACCAAAGAAAAGAGAACUGACAGUAACUCCCAUUUACACUCCAGCCCCAUUGCAUUCAUCAUCUCCAUUCCCUUUCUCUCCAACAAGAAGCUUAUCAAGUGCAGAAGGACAGUCAGAGAUUGUUACCCAAAUGAAGUCGCAGCUGGAAGAUCUCCAGAGACUUUUGGUACACAAGAGUGGUCAAGAUGUCAGUGAUACAGAACUGACAGUCAUUCAAGAGCUACUGGAGAUGAAUAAUGUACUAGAAGAAAGCAUUGCCAGCCAGCAGAGAUGGUACAACUCUGAACUGACAACCCGUGAUAAUUUGAUUGAGGAUUUACAGAAACUCCUCACUUUUCUCAAAUCCCAUCUAUCAGAGUCUGUUAGCCAGACAACAGAAAACGUUCAAGUUAUUCCAGAACUUAUACAAGCAAUGUGUGAUAGGAUAGAAUCCCUACCAAGAAGCAGUGAAGUGACAACACCUGCAGAUGAUCAUCAAAGAAUCCAAGAAUUAAAAGAGCUGCUUGAAAAAUCAAUGGGCGACGUAAGAGAAGGAGAAAAGAAACGGCUGCAGUUAGAGAAUAUAAUAAAUAGACAACGGAACGAGCUCAAAGUCAUCAAUCAUCAAUUGGGAAAGGCAAAGACACUCGAACUAAAGCAUAGCAAAGAGAGGGAAGAAAGAGAGAAACAACUCAAGGAGCAGAAUACGAGCUUACAAAAUAAGCAAAUGGAGUUACUGCAACUGAGGGAGACUGUAGAAAGAAUCAAUACAUCAAGUAUGCCUAGUCUCCACAGUAGGGAAAUGAGAAAAGGAUCAGGGAGUACUGAUGAGGAGGAAGAUGACUUGGAGCUCCUGCACUCUUCACUGCAGAAAAAAUACAGCUUGAGUCUGGUACAGGAGGUGAAGGGAGAGAUACAGCGAAUGAAUAAAGAAAUGAUUGCACAUAAAAAGAGUACAGCAACUGCCGAAGAGUUGCUGCAUCAAUUGCAAAAGGAACUGAGUAGCUUUUAUAAUGAAAUAGUAGGAGAACCAGAAGAGGAAGAUGUGGCAAGAGAUGGUAUCGCAAUGCUUAAUAGUAUAAGGGAAGCAUACUAUAAACUGCAAGAAAAGCUAUCAAUUGAGAGAGAACUCUUAAAAGAAAGUAGAGAAGAUUUUGAAAUGAAAGCAACCGAAUAUGAACAAUUAUACUCUGAACAUGAUGAAGAGAUUCAAUCAGUCCAGCAAAGAAAUGCCCAGAAUGAGCAGUAUCUCUUGAAUCUACUCACAACUCAAGACUCAAGAAUGAAUGAGGAGAUGGAAGAGCUGAGGUCUACCAAUACUCUAUUAGAAGAAGCAAUGCACAAGUCACUCACUAGCAUAACCCAACUACAAACAGAAAGGACUAUACUCAUAGACACUUUACAAGCACUGAGUCUGCAAACACUCCAUGCACUAAGCACAAGAUAAUGUACAUAAAAUGACACAUUUUAUAUGCACACAGAUCUUCCUGUCGUUUUUGACAUAAAAGAUGUUUUACUUAAAAUUUAA